GGUGUGGAAUUUCCAGAAGGCGCUCUGGGGAGUAUAUAAUGUCUGCUUCAGGGGAGCCUAAAAUUAUCCUGAGCUCAGAAUUGCAGAGAGAAGAGAGCGAACAGCACACAGUUUCUGCGCUGUAAAUUUCUGAAGUAAAAAACCCAAGGCAUACGCAGUGAGUGAGCCUUAUAGCAAUAACUACAUCCAUGGCUAAACUGCAGGAGAUCUACAACCAGCAAGGCUUCCUCUCAGCGCUGCCAGUGUUGGAUGAGACUGAGCUGAGAGAGGCCAGGCGGGCCUUUGCUGAGCUGGAGGAAGAAUUUGGAGAGGAGUACACCUCGUACAGCCUCCACAAUGUUCACCUUAAGUAUCCUUGGGUGAGGAACCUGACCAGACACCCUCAAAUCCUACGAGUGGUCCAAGCUGUCCUGGGUCAAGAUGUGAUCCUACUGGACUCCCGCUUCAUCUGUAAAUACCCUGUACUCAAACCUGACGCCCAGGAGAGAAAAGAGGGGGAAACCACGCCUGAUGGGAAUGUUGGGGAGAGUGGCCUUCCAUAUGUGGCCUGGCAUCAGGAUAUGAGGUAUUGGGGUAUUGCUGGUGGCCCUGUCCUCUCUGUGUGGCUCGGUUUAGAUGACUCACUGAAGGAGAACGGUGCUCUCCGGGUCAUCCCAGGCAGCCACUGCUCAGGCAUGUUGCCUCAUCGCCAAGCCAUCCGUCCUGGGAACAUGCUGUCCGUCAACCAGGAGAUCCCAGAGGAGCUGUUGCAGACUGAUGAAGCCCUGCUUUGCCCUUUACUAGCUGGCCAGAUGUCUGUUCAUGAUGGACUACUUGUCCAUGCCAGUGAUACCAACAUGUCCCAGAGGAGACGCUGUGGGUUUGUGAUCCGAUAUGUUCCCACCUGUGCAUAUCCCAUACAGGAUCCUGAUCGUCCCAGGAAAUUCCAUGCUACAGAGUUGGUCUGUGGAGCAGAUCAGUUCAAGCAUUUUUCAGACAAAACUGCAUGAAGUAUUCUUUGUCUUCAUUCUGCAUGUUUAACUGACACAAGGUCAUUCUUAAAUAUUGCACAAAAAAAUAAGUGCAGACUUUAUAGUAAAGCUUUAACUACAUCUAACUGGAAAAUCAUUGUUUGAAAUGUCUUAACUGUAUAUAUAUAUUUAAUUUUGAAAAUUUGGCUUUCUAAUGUUUGAUAAUGUGGAGUUUUAUGACAUAUUUGAAUGUAACUCAUCUAUUUUAAACUGCUUUAAAAUAAAUGGUCAAAAUAAUCUGAGAUAUGUCAGUUUGUGAAUCUCAGUUAUUUCACACAUCCUAUCAUCUAAAGAGCAUUUCUAGACUGAGGUGCUUUCGCUUCCAAUCUGACUGACUCUGAAAACCAUGCAGUCAUCCCAAGCAGAGCAAUACUCUUUAUUCUGGACAUCCAAAAAAGUAAAUAAGCAGACCUCACCUUCAAACCACCAGUGUUGACAGAGACCAAAAGUGGCAUAUAUUAUAUCACUACUGAAAAAUAUUUAGUGGCUUCCAGUUUAGUAUAGAAUUGUAUUCAUUACCUCUGGUACUGUAUAUAAAGCUCUGAAUGAUAAGGCACCUCAAUGUCUUUCUGAGCGGAUCCCUCAGAACAUCAGGUAUGGACCUCGUGAAUGUUCGCAUGGUCAAAACUAAAUCAUGUGCAGGUGGAGUUAGUCACUAUGAUGCUGUUUUGUGGCACAAACUCUCAACUUAUCUGAUGCCUUAGGAAACAUUAAGUUAUUUUAAGAGUGGUUUUCAAAGACUGCUUAUCUCUUGUUUCAUUGCAUGUGUGUACAUGUGUCUUGCAUGAUAGAAGGUCAUUUUAUAAAUGUGUUGUGAACUGAAUAUAUGUGCUUCUGAACUCAUUACAUUAUUGUUUAAAAUGAUGGGUUGCUCUAUGUUUGUUUCUUCCUCUGUAAAGCAC